CAUGUACCCGAGCGGCCUCCGAGCGCUGUACCGGGGCGCUGGCGGUCUCCAGGCCGCGCUGAGGCUGAGGAUGAGCAGAGGCUUUCCGCUUUGUGCCAUGUGGCGAAGUGCCAUGACAAGCUCACUUGUAUUCAGACAGCGAGGCCCUGUCAUGCGUGGUGGGUUAGAGCAGGUUUUGCUCAGACGUACACAACCAAGCCGAGCGUUUCAUGGUGCCCUGAAGCUUUGCAAUGUGAAAGGUACAGCACAGCCGGUCGAUGAGGAUGUGAGCCCCUUCACCAAGCUGAUCGAAGCCAUGGGCUUCACGGGGCCACUGAAAUACAGCAAAUGGAAAAUCAAGAUUGCCGGCCUGCGCAUGUACACAUGCUGCGUGGAGCGAAUAAACUAUGACGAGUUCUUUGAAAGAUGCAAUUUACCGGAUACGUUAAACUCUUGGUUUCUUGUUGCACAGCUUCAUGUCUGGAUGUCGUUGGUCCGGAUGAAGCAGGAAGGCCGAGAGGGGAAGUACAUGUGCAGGUAUAUCGUGCACUCCAUGUGGGAGGACCUGGAGCAGAGGGGCAAAGUCAUGGGGAUUGACUCCAUUCCAUUGAAAGACAGUAUGAGAAUUAUGACCGAGAACUUCUAUGCAGCUAUAUUUGGUUACGAUGAGGGGAUAUUAUCUGAUGACCGUGUGUUGGCUGCAGCCCUCUGGAGAAACCUCUUCAACAGACAAUGUGAGGCCCCCCGAGAGCUGGAGCUGAUGGUGGAAUACGUCCGCAAACAGAUCCAGUACCUGGAUUCACUGAAUGGGGAAGACCUGUUGCUGACUGGAGAGGUGAAAUGGCGCCCUCUGCUGGAGGAAAACCCACAGAGCAUCCUAAAGAUUGCCCUACCAACGUACAAUGACGAGGGACUUUGAGUGGCCAAAGUUGUGGCCAAAGUUCUUGAGCGCCGACCUGUAGAAGCAUCUGCGACAAUCAGAUCAGUUUUGAGUGGAAGAAUUCAAGAUUUCUGCAGAUAGUUUAAAAACAUUGUAUGUGUGCACGUUUUUCCUCUCGCACUCCCACACACAGCAGAGAAACCCUCUGGUUCAGGCCCUUGCUUUCUGAGCCCGUUUACACCGUUUACAUGUAAAGACUAAUUUCUCUGUAUUUCUGUUUAUGUUCUGUAUUCGGGUUAUUAUAGGUUCUUUCUGUGGGUGAGACACUUGGUCAGCUCUGGGUGCUGAUGAGGGAAUCUGAAAGAUAUUUGCUUCUCCUCCUUCCCACUUUAUUAGGAGUGAUCUGGAGCCUGGCUUAGCCAUGCCCAGCACACACACUGUUGUAACUAAGAGGUUCCUUCACAGGUGAAUGGAAGUAGAGACAUUACCCCGGUGGCUUAGUCACAAACAAUUUGCCCACAGUUUCCAGUUCUCCCUUGGCUUUGAUGCUCAAACUUGUGCCAGAGGUGUUUGGCACAUGGUGUUUGAUUGGGGGGAGAGGGAGCAAGAAGCUGGAAGUGACCCAUCCUGUUGGAGACAACAUGUUUUAUUCCACCAUCACUCAUCAGUCCCUUACCCAACUCAGGUCCAAUCAAAGUCUUCCAUCCUAUUUGAAGACUCACAUCACUAAACAAUGAUCCGUGUGUGUUGUAGGAGUGAUGAUACAAUCCUCAAGUGUGAUCAUCGCCACAAAACAUCAAGCUAAGCCAUUCGAGUAGCCAGGUACCCAACAACCUGAGCCUCAACAAUGGAGCAAUGCCAACAGCAGAAUUCAAUCGUAUUACUCGCUGGGUAGUAAUGGAAUGUGUAGUACUCGGUUAGAUUGCUGAAUCACCAUCGAUCGAAAUCCCACCCUCAUUCUUGUGACUUAUACUCUGUCUUAGUGUGUUGUCUUUAGGGUGUGUCUGAUUGCUCUCUGACUUCACAAUGCAGUUAAUAAAGGUUUCAGUACAGAUAGUCCAGUUUCGUCCCAUAAAACAUGUUAAACAAGAUCUAUAUAUUGCAGAAUUCCUUCAAAUCAAACCUAUGCUGUAGGUUCAGUAAGACCGAGCUAUUCUUCAGUAUUUUGGUUAUGAGAAGCUGAGAAUGCAAAUGCGUAAUUUUUUUAAAAUUAUAAUUUCAAUUUUACUAAUAUUGGAAAUUGUAAUUACCAAUUUUAUUAUACCCACGGCUGAGGGUAAAACUAAUUAAACGUUUUAUAACAUUUAUAACACUCUUCACCUGACAAUGGACUGUUGGAUUUGAAUGGUGGUAAUAUUUGUGGGAGUCAGGUUUGCCCGAGUUAUCUGUCUCCGUGUAAUGUUCUAAGAUCGAGAUUCACACGAAUAAUAAUAAAAUCUGAGGC